ACGCAGGUCUGCAUGAACCUCCAUUGUGUCCUGAGCCCAAGAUUACACAGUUUGCAGGACCCAAGGUGGUGAGGACAAAUCUGCCUCUCUCUCCUUACUUGGCUCAACGAACCAACUAAGAGCUUUCCAUCCUCUCUCCUGUGAAUGCCAUUUUAAGGAAUAAGAAAAAAAAAAACCUAUUCCCAAAUGAAGAGAACUCAUCUGCUUGUUUUGGGGGUCUAUUUGCUCUCCUCUUGCAGGGCAGAAGAGGGGCUGAAUUUCCCCACAUAUGAUGGGAAAGACCGAGUGGUGAGUCUUUCAGAGAAGAACUUCAAGCAGAUCUUGAAGAAAUAUGACUUGCUCUGCCUCUACUACCAUGAGCCAGUGUCUUCAGACAAAGUCGCCCAAAAGCAGUUCCAGCUGAAAGAGAUUGUGCUGGAGCUUGUGGCCCAGGUCCUGGAACAUAAAGAUAUAGGCUUUGUGAUGGUGGAUGCCAAGAAAGAAGCCAAGCUUGCCAAGAAACUGGGUUUUGAUGAGGAAGGAAGCCUCUAUAUUCUUAAGGGUGAUCGCACAAUUGAGUUUGAUGGCGAGUUUGCAGCUGAUGUCUUGGUGGAGUUUCUCUUGGAUCUAAUUGAAGACCCCGUGGAGAUCAUCAACACCAAGCUGGAAGUCCAAGCCUUUGAACGCAUUGAGGACCACAUCAAACUCCUUGGCUUUUUCAAGAGUGAAGACUCAGAAUAUUAUAAAGCUUUUGAAGAGGCAGCUGAACACUUCCAGCCUUACAUCAAGUUUUUUGCUACCUUUGACAAAGGUGUUGCAAAGAAAUUGUCCUUGAAGAUGAACGAGGUUGACUUCUAUGAGCCAUUUAUGAAUGAGCCCAUUGCCAUCCCCAACAAACCUUACACAGAACAGGAGCUCGUGGAGUUUGUGAAAGAACACCAAAGACCCACUCUCCGUCGCCUGCGGCCAGAAGACAUGUUUGAAACAUGGGAAGAUGAUUUGAAUGGGAUCCACAUUGUGGCCUUUGCAGAGCGGAGUGACCCAGAUGGCUAUGAGUUCCUGGAGAUCCUGAAACAGGUGGCCCGGGACAACACCGACAAUCCUGAUCUGAGCCUUGUGUGGAUUGACCCGGAUGACUUUCCUCUGCUUGUUCCCUACUGGGAGAAGACCUUCAAGAUUGACCUGUUCAAGCCACAGAUUGGGGUGGUGAACGUGACAGAUGCUGACAGUGUCUGGAUGGAGAUUUUAGAUGACGAUGAUCUACCCACAGCGGAGGAGCUGGAAGACUGGAUUGAGGAUGUGCUUUCUGGAAAGAUCAACACUGAAGAUGAUGACAAUGAAGAUGAAGAAGAUGAUGAUGAUGACGAUGAUGAAGAUGAUGAUAAUUCUGAUGAAGAGGAUAAUGAAGACAGUGAUGAUGAUGAAUAGAUCCAACUGCAAAUGAUUCUAAUGUAAACAAAAUCACAGCUA